CCAGCCCCUCCACCGGCUGUGCCGAGCUGGCACAGCGGGCAGGGGAGGCUGCAUCUGCAGCAAUUAGGAUUCAAACAGCAGCCACUCAAUGGGGGUCUAUGGGUGGAAGGGGGGGCUGGCACGGGAGGAAUGCGGGCUCUGCUCCGUGCCUCCAGCAAGCCUGGUGAGGCUGGUGACUCUGGCUGUCCUCGGAGCAGCCCGGCUGCACUCCCUGACUCGGUUGCCCAUGGAAAUUUCCCCCAGGCGGGCGGGUAAGACACCUGGGCACGGGCAGCAGCCGCAAGGCUCCGGAGCUCGCCCCGCUGCGGUCAGAGAGGUGAAGCAGAGGGAGACGCAGCACUGGGAUGCAGGACACCCGGGCUCCCUGCCAGCCUCCACCUCUGCCCUUGCUGCAGGAGAGGAGCCAGAGCCCUGCCUGCUCUGUGCCUCAGUUUACCCAGCGCUCGGGAGGGAGGUGGCAGAUUGGGGGGGCAUUUGAUCCACGUUGGAUUUAGAAGGAGUUUUUCCCCAAUGAGCUUGGUGCUGAUGCAUCUCCCCCAGAGAGCUGGGGGUACCACUGUCUGCUGCUGCAAAAUCCCCCCCCCAAAUGGCAGUGCCCAGGAGCCUGGCACUGACUCUGCAGGGAAAGCACAUGCCUGCGAGCCCCACAACCACCUCAGCCAGCCCCUCCCUGGCCGCAGGCACCUCGUGCACCCCCACGCUGUGGGAGCGUCCCGGUUUUGGCGAGUGAUCCCCAGCUGGGGCAGACCCUCUCUCUGCCGAGCGCCCACCCAGCUCUCGCGUGGGCCCAGCGUGAGCACAGCAUGCCAGGGGGGGACCGGUCUCAUCAGCCCCGUUCCCUGGGAGCCUUGUUCCCUCCGUGAUGCCAGAGGGGGACCGGGGGAAGGCUUCCCCCCGGGGGAGACCCCGCUGCCGAGAUGGAGCCGAGAUGUACGGGGCUUGCACCGGGGGUGCUGCCUCUGCACCCCCUCCGGUGCCGGUGCCGGGUUCCUUGUGCUGGGCUCCUGGUCCCACGGGCACAGCCGCCCCUCGCGGUCCCCCCUGGCUCCCGGCUGGCUUGUACCACGCGUGUGCGGGGGGGGGGGGUGGGCUGGGCCGUCACGGAGCGAGGCUGCCGCCUCUCCUCCCAUUUGAUGUCAGAGCCGCUCAGGUGCCGUCAGUUCCAGAGCCGGCACCGGCAUUUGCACGCCCGAACACGGCGAGCCCGGGUGCCUGACCCCGUGUCCCGGGAUUUAGCCGGUCCAGGGACAGGGCUGCCCCCUCGGUACCCCCCGGCACCCCCCCCCGCUGGCCCUCCUCUUGUCGCCGUGCCCGCAAGGGCCACCAUGAGGGACUCCUACACGGUGACGCUGCCCGAGGAGCCCCCCGCGCUCCCCGACCUUCACAAGGACCUGCGUCCUCGCACCUCCAUGCCGGGGUCCCUCUUGGUCUCCACUUUCGUCGGGCUCGUCCUCAACAAGACCAAGAGCUCCAAGGUGGUGCAGGGCCUGACUGGUCUGCGGAACCUCGGCAACACGUGCUUCAUGAACUCCAUCCUGCAGUGCCUGAGCAACACCAAGGAGCUGCGGGAUUACUGCCUGCAGAACCAGUACCUGCGGGACCUCAACAACAACAGCCGCAUGCGCACCGCGCUCAUCUCAGAGUUUGCAAAGCUGAUGCAGCUGCUCUGGACCUCAUCCCCCAAUGAGAGCGUGAGCCCCUCUGAGUUCAAGACGCAGAUCCAGAGAUACGCCCCCCGCUUCGUCGGCUACAACCAGCAGGAUGCUCAGGAGUUCCUGCGGUUCCUCCUUGAUGGGCUGCACAGCGAGGUGAACCGUGUGCUGGUGCGGCCACGGGCCAGCACCGACACCCUGGACCAUCUUCCCGAUGACGAGAAGAGCCGCCAGAUGUGGAGAAGGUACCAGGAGAGGGAGGACAGUCGCAUAAGUGACCUCUUCGUUGGGCAGCUGAAGAGUUCGCUGACCUGCAGUGAGUGCGGCUACUGCUCCACAGCCUUCGACCCCUUCUGGGACCUGUCCCUGCCCAUCCCCAAGAAAAGCUAUGGGGAGGUGACCCUCAUGGACUGCCUACGGCUCUUCACCAAAGAGGAUGUGCUGGAUGGGGACGAGAAACCGACGUGUUGUCGCUGCAAAGCCAGGACGAGGUGCACAAAGAAGUUCAGCAUCCAGAAGUUCCCCAAGAUCCUGGUGCUUCACCUGAAGCGCUUCUCAGAGGCCAGGAUACGAACGAGCAAGCUCACCACCUUUGUCAACUUCCAGCUGAAGGACCUGGACCUCCGGGAGUUUGCCUCGCAGAGCUGCAACCACGCCGUUUACAACCUCUACGCCAUCUCCAACCACUCGGGCACCACCAUGGGGGGACACUACACUGCCUACUGCAAGAGCCCCAUCUCCAGCGAGUGGCACAGCUUCAACGACUCCCGCGUUACCCCAAUGUCAUCCAGCCACGUCCGCAGCAGCGAUGCCUACCUGCUCUUCUACGAGCUGGCCAGCCCGUCCUCCCGCAUGUAGCCAGCCAGCCCUGCCUCCCGGGGGACCCCUGUGCCACCCUGCAGAGCCAGCACCUCCAGGUUAAGGCCACUUGCCCCCCAGGUGCGAGAGGGAGGUGAAGAGGAGAGACCCCGAGGUGGCUGCAGUGGGAGGCUGGAGCAGACCCCAGGCAAGGACACCCCAGAACUGAGGAGGGCAGCCCAUGGCAGGGCAGGGCCCAGGCAGCUCAGGCACCUCCUGGUCACUGGCAUUUGAUUUUUACCUUGGGGUAUGUUUUAGUUUCUUGAUUUUUUUUUUUAAUUUCUGCCCCCACCCCCCCACCACCCCCCUUAUUUUUUUCUUCUCCUUUUGUUUUGGUUUUUUUUUUUGUUCUGUUUUGUUUUUUUUUUUGUUGGUGUGUAAUAAAACCACUGAGCAAGGGACUCUGCGGGCAUGGGGCUGCCUGCCCCAUCCACCUCUGCUCCCCUGGGGUUGCACCCAGAGCUGGGGACCCAAGGGAGCCUCCCUCAUCGCUCCUGGCCUCUCAGCACUCCCACCCUGCUCAGCCAUCCCAGAGGAUUCAUGAACUGCUCCCAGCCUCCUCCUGGCACUUCUGAACCUCCUUGCAAAAGACCCUUCAGCUGCCUCCGUCCUGGCCCAGGCAGCAGGGCCCCACCAGCUGCCCCUGCACCCUCCUCAGAGCAGCCUGAGUUCAGGCCCAGACUCAUGGACAGGAGAGAGGAAAACAUUCUGUGGAAUUAUGUAUUUAUCAUGGACUUCACUCAACCUGGAGCACCCCACUGCUUCCUGGCUCUCCAAGGACUUGUGCCAGGGGAUGCUCCAGGGUAGGUUUUUACCUUCCUCCUCAUACGACGGUGCCUUAAACCAUUUAGGGGAGUGGGAGGCCAUUGGGGUUGCACAGGAACAUCUGCCUUGUGGAGGAGAGGGAGGGGAGGACAGUGGCUUUCCAGGACUACCUGCAAUUGGGGCUGUGAUCAGGAGCCCCCCUGGGUGCCUAGGGAUUCACAUCCCCACCCACCCUGCUGCUCUGUCCCACAGCUAGCAAACGCCAGUGGCCUUUUUAGCCUUUUCUCUUAAUUUAUUCUCCUCCCCAUCCUGCCUUGCUGGAGGUGCAGCAGGAGGAGAGAUGGGCCUUGACCCAACACGAUCCCAGCCCCAGCCUGCAAGGCAGCUAUGUCCAACCCAGCAACCCAACCUGCUUCACCCUUUCUGGCCCCGUGGGCACAAGGCUGAGCACUCUUGCACCUUGGAGCAUCCCACCCAGCCUGGGACAUGCUGGUGGGGCUCAGGAGAGGGCAGGACAGGAUGGAGGGGCUGCCCACGGCAGGUACCGGACUGGGGCAGCGUUGCUGCUUGGCAGGUGGCUUGUUUACUGUGUAAGCAAGAUGGGUGGGAAGUCUCUUGUACAAGGGAGACUUGUGCAGGAAUAAAUUUUAGCUUGAACAGA